GUGAGUUUGCGAACGGAGCAGCAGCUGCAGGUGAGGCGCGGCGCCUGCGUUUCGGGGUUUCCAGAGCCUAUGGCGGAUACCCAGUACAUCCUACCCAAUGACAUUGGUGUGUCUACCCUGGACUGCCGUGAGGCCUUCCGCCUGCUGUCACCCACAGAGCGCCUUUAUGCCCACCACUUGUCCCGGGCUGCCUGGUAUGGAGGCCUGACUGUGCUACUGCAGACCUCCCCUGAGGCCCCCUACAUCUAUGCCUUGCUCAGCCGCCUCUUUCGGGCCCAGGACCCUGAUCAGCUGCGCCAACAUGCUCUGGCUGAGGGCCUCACAGAGGAGGAGUAUCAGGCAUUCCUGGUCUAUGCUGCAGGGGUCUACUCCAAUAUGGGCAACUACAAGUCCUUUGGUGACACCAAGUUUGUUCCUAACCUGCCCAAGGAGAAGCUGGAACGUGUGAUCCUGGGGAGCGAGGCCAUGCAACAGUACCCAGAAGAAAUCAGAGCCCUCUGGCAGACCUGUGGAGAGCUUAUGUUCUCUCUGGAGCCCAGGCUUCGGCACCUCGGGCUGGGGAAGGAGGGAAUCACCACCUAUUUUUCUGGGGAUUGCACCAUGGAAGAUGCCAAACUGGCUCAAGACUUUCUGGACUCCCAGAACCUCAGUGCCUACAACACGCGUCUCUUCAAGGAAGUGGACCAGGAAGGGAAGCCCUGCUACGAGGUGCGGCUGGCUUCCGUACUCAGUGCAGAUACUGCUUCAGUCUCCGAAGUGACUUCCAAACUGAAGAGCUAUGAAUUUCAAGGGAACCAUUUCCGUGUGACCCGGGGAGACUAUGCUCCCAUCCUCCAGAAGGUCGUAGAGCACUUGGAGAAAGCCAAGGCUUACGCAGCCAACAGCCACCAGGAGCAGAUGCUGGCCCAGUAUGUGGAGAGCUUCACCCAGGGCUCCAUCGAGGCCCACAAGAGGGGCUCCCGCUUCUGGAUUCAGGACAAGGGCCCCAUUGUGGAGAGUUACAUCGGAUUCAUCGAGAGCUACCGUGAUCCCUUUGGUUCCCGAGGAGAGUUCGAAGGCUUCGUGGCCAUGGUAAACAAGGCCAUGAGUGCAAAGUUUGAGCGACUGGUAGCAAGUGCAGAACAGCUGCUGAAGGAACUGCCCUGGCCCCCGGCCUUUGAGAAGGACAAGUUCCUCACCCCAGACUUCACCUCCCUGGAUGUGCUCACCUUCGCAGGCUCUGGCAUCCCUGCUGGCAUCAACAUCCCCAACUAUGAUGACUUGAGGCAGACAGAAGGCUUUAAGAAUGUGUCACUGGGGAAUGUGCUAGCGGUUGCCUAUACCACGCAGCGGGAGAAGCUGACAUUCCUGGAGGAGGAGGACAAGGACCUGUAUACCCGUUGGAAGGGGCCCUCCUUUGACGUGCAGGUGGGCCUUCAUGAACUACUGGGCCAUGGCAGCGGCAAGCUCUUUGCACAGGAUGAGAAAGGAGUAUUCAACUUUGACCCAGAGACAGUGAUCAACCCAGAGACUGGAGAGCAGAUUCGGAGCUGGUACCGGAGUGGGGAGACAUGGGACAGCAAGUUCAGCACCAUUGCCUCGAGUUAUGAAGAGUGCCGUGCCGAGAGUGUGGGCCUCUACCUCUGCCUCAACCCUCAAGUGCUGGAGAUCUUUGGCUUUGAGGGAGCUGAUGCCGAAGACGUGAUCUAUGUGAACUGGCUCAACAUGGUCCGGGCAGGGCUGCUGGCUCUUGAGUUCUAUACCCCAGAGGCUUCCAACUGGCGACAGGCCCACAUGCAGGCUCGCUUUGUGAUCUUGAGGGUCUUGCUGGAGGCUGGCGAGGGACUUGUUACAGUCACUCCCACCACAGGCUCUGAUGGGCGCCCAGAUGCUCGAGUCCGCCUUGAUCGCAACAAGAUCCGGUCAGUGGGCAGGCCUGCCCUGGAGCGGUUCCUACGGAGGCUACAGGUAAUGAAAUCUACAGGGGAUGUGGCCGGCGGGCGCGCCCUGUAUGAAGGAUAUGCAGCAGUCACUGACACUCCCCCCGAGUGCUUCCUCACCCUCAGAGAUACAGUGCUGCUGCGCAAGGAAUCCCGGAAGCUCAUUGUACAGCCCAACACUCGCCUGGAAGGCUCAGAAGUGCAGCUUCUUGAGUAUGAGGCCUCAGCAGCUGGACUCAUCAGAUCCUUCUCUGAGCGCUUCCCAGAGGAUGGGCCUGAGUUGGAGGUGGUUCUCACCCAGUUGGCCACUGCUGAUGCCCGUUUCUGGAAGAGCCCCAGGGAGGCCCAGUCUGGCCAAGCUUGAAGAUUUUGUGUGGCUCCUCCCUGUACUCCAUCCAACCAGAGCUGUGUCUGGCCCUCUAUUGUGUAAUUGGGGGAUAGGGGAGGGACAGGAGCUGGGACUUCGGUGCUACCUCGGCAGAAGGUGGUGACAUUUAACCCUUCCAUUUGUUGACACUUGCUGAUUUACCAAGUGCUUCCCUUAUGUUUUUUGAUCUGUGCUGCCGUCUGUGGAAUGGACACUAGGGGGCUCUAUCUGGUUUCCCAGAUGAAAAAAAUCCAAAACAAACGGUUCUGAGAAGUGAUUGAUUUAGAUCCUGGAGGUGGUAUGUGACAGAGUUGGGGCUCAAGAUGUUCUCACCAAAUCCAGUGCUCUUCAUGUAUUACUUUUAUAACUAGAAAAA